AUAAUAGUUUUAUAAAUGCAGUGUUGGCAGUGAUACAGCAUUUAACAACAGUAAUUGGGAGAUAAUGGUUCGUCUCUUCGCUAUAAAUGUAUUUUACAAAGGGCUCAAGCCAAUCCAAAAGAAAGCCUCGUACGAGCUAUCAUCAUUUGGUUAUUUUCAAAGAUCUGGGGUGAGAGAGUUUAUGGCUUUUACCAGUGAUGUAUUGGUAGAGAGGACAAGCCCUGGACAACGACAGUCAGUGAGGGAGCAAGAGUACAGAUGUCAUGUUUUUGUACGUUCAGACGGUUUAGCUUGUGUAGCGAUUGCUGAUAUGGACUAUCCUGUGAGAGUUGCUUUUACAUUGAUGAAUAAAGUACUAGAAUUGUAUUCGUCUGAUUUCCCACGUUCUUCAUGGGAACAACCACCUAGCGAUCUCUCAUAUCCUCCAUUGGACGACUUCCUAAAAAAGUACCAAGAUCCCAAAGAAGCUGAUUCUAUUAUGAGAGUACAGCAAGACCUUGAUGACACUAAAAUUGUUUUACAUGAGACAUUAGAAGCUUUGUUGGAGAGAGGGGAGAAAUUAGAUGAUCUUGUUUCCAAGACUGACAAACUUAGCAGCACAUCAAAAGCAUUUUAUAAAGAGGCUAAAGGAGGCACUUGCUGUGUUCUGCAGUAAUUAUUUUGUUCAUUACAAUUAUAAUUAUUAUGUACUUUUACUAUUUAUUUUCUAUCCCACACACACAAAGUGAUAAUCCUCAAA